AUGGCUCAUGAGGAAGGCGAUAUCCAUAGUCACAACUCCCACCAAAGUACCAAUAGUACAUCAGCACUCCACAACAAUGAUCAAAGAAAGGACAGCGGUGAUGAUGCUGCAUCAACCAACACUGAGAAAAGCAAAUCCGUAAAGCUGAUGGCCCGUAUCUCGGGUGUACGGGAUUUGUUUGGCGUAGUCUUUUUGCCUAUUCUGAACAUCAUCUUCACAGCCGUUAUGAUGGGACUUUUGAUCUAUGCAUAUUCCACAGCGAAUGGGAAAACCUUGGAUUACACAAUUGGCAGCAUGAGCGUUCCAACAUUUGUAUCCCUGAUCACUACACUUCUCAAAAUGGGUGUCAUGGGUGGUAUUGGAUAUGCUAUCUCCGAGUACAAGUGGGUGCGAUUCCAGAAUGGUGGUCAACUCAGCUUGCUUGAUGUGUAUGAUGCUUGCACACGUGGUGUUGGAGGUGUAAUUCGUGUGCUAUUAUCGAUUCGAAUGGAUACCAUCCUUAUUCCAGCUGUCAUCUUCCAAAUUGGCCUUAUUGCUUUGGGACCAGCAGCACAAGAGAUUCUUGCAAAUUACGAUGAAACAGUUAUAUGCUAUGUCGAGCCGCCUCUUCGAUCAUUCAGGAUCAAGGAUUUCCACCUUUAUCGGUGGUACUCAUUACCAAUACCACGCAGGAUAGCACAGCUGAAGGGGAUCAAGCAGGAUUAUAUCCCACAGAUUGGAUUUGGCGCAGCAUCUAGCAAUACCAGCAGAGGCUUUCUCAGGUAUCGAUAUGGCAUCGGAUCGAUCAAUGUCACAUGGCACGACAUGCCAACAAUGCGCACCGAUAUUGAUUGCGUAACAGAUUCUUAUGCAAAUGCACGCAUUAUCGACGAUCAAACAUUGAAUGUCAGCACGCUGAGAGACUAUUUGGGAGCUGAUCAGCCAAUCGAUGUCCCACGAAUAUUUUAUGCAGAAUCAAUGUACAAUCGCACGCAUUAUGAUCGCCAACGACUUGUCUUUGAUAUUCUCGACACACCAGAUUAUCAUCCUGAGGAUCGUCCUUUAGUGGGUGAGCAAACGGUUGUCAUCGUAACUAAGGGCGGACAAGCAUCAAGUAGCACUUUGGACAAUCCUGAUGAAGAAGCAACGGUUGAACAAUGCACGUUACGAUCCUAUGUCUCCAACAGCACUAUGACCGAGUCUGGCACGUUCACUGCUGAGAUACAGCCCACUUGGGAGAACAAACAACUGAUUGAGAUCAAUUACGAUGAUUUGUUGAAUGCCUCCUUCAUGAGCCUACGCCACAUGGGUGAUGAGCGGCUAUCAGACAACGCAUAUGCUUAUCAACUCAGCCUUAUUGCCACCAUGACCGAUCGCAGCAAUAUAAAGUUUCAUCAAAAGGCAGCCGAUCGAUGGGCUCUUGCUGUACCGGAUAAUGUUGAGAACACGUUCACCAACUACAUCAGAGAUGGAUUUUACAGAAGCGAUUUGCUCAUGACCUUUUAUGCACCUGAGGAGCAACCUCCUUCGAGAGUCAUAUUGGGUGAGGCAUGCUUUGCCAACGAUAUCACAUACGACUUGGAUCAAUCAGCGUAUUUGGGCUUGUCAUUAGCUUCCAUUGUCCCGCUUUCGUGGUGGAUUGUAUUGUGGAUCAUCAGCUUAUACCAAACCAACGGCAUAUCACGUGGCAAUUCACAAAUCGCCUUGAUGGUAACAGGCCUUACACACCGUGUCUCAUAUCGAUUCAAAGGAUUUUCUCAUACGGGUCAAGCUCAACUUUUCAGCCGUGCUUCCAAGGUGAAGGCUUGGUUUGGCGAAAUUAGACGCAGUGAUGGUCGUCGUGGUCACGUUGCUUUUGGUCUCGAGGAUGAAAUUCAACCUUUGCGUGUAAGGAAUCAACACCAUCAUGACGAAGCAGCAGCUUGA